AAUCAAAACCCUAGCCAUUUCUCUGUCGGAAUCCCACCGACUCUUUCUUCCCCAUAUUCUCAUUUUCUACGCAAUUAUAAACACAAGUGGAAUUGUAUAAAGAAACUCCCCUUUUGGUCUUUCUCUCUCUGCUGUAUGUUUGGUUUUUCUGCUGCGUAUCUCUGUCUGCAACUUCGCUUCUCGGUGAUGGAGAAGCCAAAUCUCCCACAGUUCUCCUCCUCCUCGGGAUUUUCCGGCGAUUACCGUCGGAUCUCGCACUAGCUUUUCCCGAUUCAGUCUCUUUGCAUUCCGAAGAGUUUUCUGCAAAUCUUGUCGUUAUUAGGUUCGAAUCUUGUCGGACCUUUUUUUUAGGGUUCACUUGGUAAUUUUCGGAUCUAAUAAUUCGUCGAGAAAACUUUCUCUGUGAGUGACAUUUUGGAUUCGCUGCGAAUUUCCGAGGAUUUGAAGCUCGAAGGACGGGUUUAUCUUUGGUUUGACAUUACAAGCGUUGCAUGCCAAGAUGUUGAGGAGCUUUACAAAUUGCAUUGUCCUAAAUGAUGCUAAAGGGAACAGUUCUGACUGAAGGAUUCGUACAGUUUACGUUCAGCUCUAAUGAAGAACGUACAGCAAACCCAACGGCAAUUAGAUUCUGUUGAAGGUCACUAGUGCCUGUUGCAUUUCCGCUCAGUAUUAGGUCAAUGCUUUCAUCGUAGAGAGUUGGAUUUACCAAAACUUCAACUGGAUUGCAGAGCACACUGGAGAAACAAUCUUCUACUCAAGCUUCACAUGAGUCCCAUGGUGACCAGCAAAACGAUCAAUCAACAGAAGCUCCAGCACAAGAUUCAGGUUCUGUAUCUGCUUCUAGCAAUGAUGGUAGGAAAAUCUCAAGGUCCAAAAUCUAAUAGAAAGAUGUCUACAGUUGUACAUGAAUAGAGACGAGGUCGUCAAGACCCUCUUGACUCGUGCAAGAAUAGACCCUGGAUUUACAACCUUGGUAUGGCAGAAAUUAGAAGAAGAAAAUGCAGAUUUUUUCAGGGCCUAUUACAUCAGGUUGAAACUGAAGAAGCAAAUAAUUUUCUUCAAUCAUUUGCUUGAGCAUCAGUAUCAUCUCAUGAAGUAUCCCGUCCCUCCGAAAAUUCCUUUGGCUCCGAUACAGAAUGGGAUUCACCCCAGGCCUGUUAAUAACAUGCCUAUGGGAUACCCUGUGCUACAACAUCCUCCCAUGCCUGUGCCGGGACAGCCCCAUCUUGAUGCAAUGGGUUGCGGGAUAUCAAGCUGCCAUGUGGUCAACGGAUUCCCUGCACCCGGGAAUUUCCAUCCAAUGAGGAUGAACUCAGGGAAUGAUAUGGUGAUAGAUACAACAGUAGCUGAAGCAGCUCCAGUGAUUCCACCAAGCAGUGGAAUGUCAACUAUGUCGGAGAUGGCAGUGAGUCCAACUUCCGUGGAAUCAAGCGGGCACUUCCAGUUUGCUGCUUCAGACAUGACAGGCAUGGCAAUGGACACAUCAGCUCUCGAUUCUGCUUUCACAACUGAUGUUUCAACUUCGGUGAGUUUACAACUUGGACCAGACGGAGGAGCUGGCAAUUCCAGAGAUUCCCUCAGGCCAUUUGACCAGAUUCAGUGGGACUUUAGCCUCUCUGACCUCACUGCUGAUUUGUCAAACCUUGGAGAUUUAGGAGCCCUAGGAAACUAUCCGGGUUCUCCAUUUCUUCCAUCAGACUCGGAAAUUUUGCUUGAUUCUCCCGAGCAAGAGGGCAUAGUGGAGGAGUUCUUCGUGGAUUCAGUUCCUGGACCGACGUGUUCUCUGUCUGAUGAAGACAAAUCUUAGUAAGGUAGCCGACACAGUUCUCACUCGGAUAAGACACCACCACCAUCACCAUGACAUCAAAUAAAUUCGACUUGUCUUGGGGAGAAUUCAGAACUCCAGUUUUACAGAGUGACUGUAUGUACCAUUAUUACAAGCAUGUGAAAGAAUGGAAGAAGAGCGCUUAGUCAUCGUCGGAGCUGAGUACACGGAAUUUUACACGUUGUCUCUGUGUUUUUCUUUUUGUUUCUGCAACCCGGCUUAUGAUACAAUAGACGAUGACAUUGACUUAUUAUUAUUAUUAUUAGCCCUUUUGGUUUCACGUA